AUGGCAGGGUCCAAUAUCAGUGGCUGUAUUUGCAGAAGAUCAUCAAGUGUCAGAAGCAUUAUGGAAGGUGGCUGAACUAAGAGCUUGCUUGCCAGGAAUCAGGCACAAUGUGACAUUUGCGUUAGUGUCACCUCUGCCAGCAAAAAGCUCUCCACCCCUGUCCAUGCCCUCUCCCCCUCCACCCCACCCUUGCAGUCUCAAGCACGACUUGGACACCACUACCACCAACUAUGCCACCACUCACAACUAUCCUGUCAAUCUCUUGCGGAAUGUGGCACGUCGAGGCACAGCAUCGGAGUUUGUAUUGGUUGUUGAUAUUGACAUGUUGCCUAAUGAAAAUCUACGCCAGGACUUCUUUGCAUUUGCAUCUCAACGAGGACGUGUUUCGCAAGAGGGAACAUGAUGAGAAAAAUGUGUUUGUGGUACCUGCAUUUGAGGCAAAAGAGGAAACUCCUGUGCCACGACACAAAGCAGAACUGCUCAAACUCGUAGAUUCUGGAGAUAUGCGGCCGUUUUAUGUACAGCUAUGUCUUAAAUG